CCCAAAUAGGGAAAUCAUGGAGCCUGGUCCUGCCAGAGCCAAAGCCAACUGGCUUCGACUUUUCAGCAGAGUACGACUACAGCUGCAAGAGUUGUUUCCCAUCCUCGUAGCGAUUUGCAUGUAGUCCAUUCUGAUUACCCAUGGCUGGAGCAGACCCUCAGGCCAGAGGUGAAAGUGUUGGCAUCGCCUCUCUGCUUUUAUCAGCAGGGAUGGGUGGCGCUCUGUAUAGCAUUGACAGCAUGCCAGAUCUCAGGAAGAGGAAAGCUAUGCCUCUGGUCAGAGAUCUGUCCUUGGUUCAGAACUCCAGGAAGGCAGGCAUCACCUCGGCCCUGACGUCCAGCACACUGCAUAACGAAGAACUGAAGAGUCAUGUCUACAAGAAGACCCUCCAGGCCCUCAUUUACCCCAUCUCCUGCACCACCCCACACAAUUUCGAAGUGUGGACAGCCACCACGCCUACUUACUGCUAUGAGUGUGAGGGACUGCUGUGGGGUAUUGCUCGCCAGGGCAUGCGCUGUACAGAGUGUGGGGUCAAAUGCCACGAGAAGUGCCAAGAUCUACUCAAUGCUGAUUGUCUGCAAAGAGCAGCAGAGAAGAGCUCCAAACAUGGUGCGGAGGACCGUACCCAGAACAUCAUCAUGGUUCUUAAAGACCGCAUGAAGAUCCGCGAGAGGAACAAACCUGAGAUCUUCGAACUCAUUCAGGAGGUGUUCGCCAUCGUCAAGGCCACCCACGUCACUCACAUGAAGCAGAUCAAACAGAGCGUGCUCGAUGGCACCUCUAAAUGGUCGGCCAAGAUCAGUAUCACAGUGCUGUGUGCCCAGGGUCUACAAGCCAAGGAUAAAACUGGUUCCAGUGACCCUUAUGUCACCGUCCAGGUGGGAAAGACCAAAAAGAGGACCAAGACCAUCUACGGCAACCUCAACCCUGUCUGGGAGGAGACAUUUAAUUUUGAAUGUCACAACUCCUCAGACCGCAUCAAGGUGCGAGUGUGGGAUGAGGACGACGACAUAAAGUCUCGUGUGAAGCAGAAGUUCAAGCGGGAGUCAGAUGACUUCCUCGGUCAAACUAUCAUCGAGGUGCGCACUUUGAGCGGAGAGAUGGACGUCUGGUACAACCUGGACAAGCGCACAGACAAAUCAGCUGUGUCCGGAGCUAUCCGCAUGCACAUUAAUGUAGAGAUCAAAGGAGAGGAGACGGUCGCCCCCUAUCACGUUCAAUACACCUGUUUGCAUGAAAACCUCUUCCACUAUGUGACAGAUAUCCAGAACAACGGUGUGGUGAAGAUCCCUGAUGCCAAAGGGGAUGAUGCAUGGAAAGUCUAUUUUGAGGAGACUCCCCAGGAGAUUGUAGAUGAGUUUGCCAUGCGUUAUGGAGUGGAGUCCAUCUACCAGGCCAUGACUCACUUUGCAUGCCUGUCAUCUAAGUACAUGUGCCCAGGUGUGCCUGCAGUGAUGAGUACCCUAUUGGCUAACAUCAAUGCCUACUACGCUCACACCACCCAGGCAACGAACAAUGUCUCUGCCUCUGACCGCUUUGCUGCUUCUAACUUUGGGAAAGAGCGAUUUGUCAAGCUUCUAGACCAGCUUCACAACUCUCUGAGGAUUGACCUGUCCAUGUACCGAAACAACUUCCCUGCCAGCAGUCCCGAGAGGCUGCAGGACCUCAAGUCCACAGUGGACCUCCUCACCAGUAUCACCUUCUUCAGAAUGAAGGUCCAAGAGCUUCAGUCUCCACCCAGAGCCAGUCAGGUUGUGAAGGAUUGUGUCAAAGCCUGUCUCAACUCCACCUACGAGUAUAUCUUCAAUAACUGUCAUGAGCUGUACAGCCGCGAGUAUCAGACAGACCCGGCCAAACAGGGUGCCGUGCCACCAGAGGAGCAGGGACCCAGUAUCAAGAAUCUGGAUUUUUGGUCCAAACUCAUCACACUUAUUGUCUCCAUUAUUGAGGAGGACAAGAAUUCCUACACUCCCUGCCUCAACCAAUUUCCCCAGGAACUCAACGUGGGUAAAAUCAGUGCUGAAGUCAUGUGGAACCUGUUUGCUCAGGAUAUGAAGUAUGCAAUGGAGGAACACGAAAAAAAUCGAUUGUGCAAGAGUGCAGAUUACAUGAACCUCCACUUCAAGGUCAAGUGGCUGUACAACGAGUACUGUAAAGACCUGCCCUUCUUCAAGAGCAGGGUGCCCGAAUAUCCUGCGUGGUUUGAGCCAUUUGUCAUUCAGUGGCUGGACGAAAACGAGGAAGUGUCUCGGGACUUUCUGCAUGGUGCUUUGGAGAGAGACAAAAAAGAUGGGUUCCAGGUCACAUCAGAACACGCUUUGUUCUCCUGCUCGGUGGUGGACGUCUUUUCCCAGCUCAACCAGAGCUUUGAGAUCAUCAGGAAGCUAGAGUGCCCGGAUCCACAGAUCGUAGGACAUUAUAUGAAGCGGUUUGCUAAGACCAUCAGUAAUGUACUUCUGUCCUACGCUGAUAUCAUCUCCAAGUUGUUUGCUAACUAUGUCACCAUGGAGAAAGUGCCCUGCAUCCUGAUCAACAAUAUCCAGCAGCUGAGAGUUCAGCUGGAGAAGAUGUUUGAAGCCAUGGGUGGAAAAGAUCUGUGUGUGGAGGCCAGCGAUAUCCUGAAAGAUCUGCAGGUUAAGCUCAACAAUGUCAUGGACGAUCUCAGCAGGGUCUUUUCUGUCAGUUUCCAACCUCAUAUAGAGGAGAAUGUGAAGCAGAUGGGAGACAUCUUGGCUCAGGUGAAGGGAACCUCAAAUGUGGGAAAUGCCAGCAGCGUGGCACAGGAUGCUGACAACGUCCUGCAACCCAUCAUGGAGUUCCUGGACAGCAACCUGACUUUGUUUGCUAAGAUCUGUGAGAAGACUGUGCUGAAACGUGUGUUGAAGGAGCUGUGGAAGCUGGUGAUGAACACCAUGGAGAAGACCAUCGUUCUGCCGCCACUCACAGACCAAACGGGGAGGCUGAAGAGUGCUUCUCACAGUGAUGGCACUCAGCUCAUCUUUAAUGCUGCCAAGGAGCUGGGACAGCUGUCCAAGCUCAAGGAGCACAUGGUUCGUGAGGAGGCCAAAGCACUCACACCUAAGCAGUGCGCUGUGAUAGAACUGGCCCUGGACACCAUCAAGCAAUAUUUCCAUGCUGGUGGUGUCGGUCUGAAGAAGACUUUCCUGGAGAAGAGUCCUGACCUCCAGUCUCUCCACUACGCCCUGUCUCUCUACACGCAGGCUACGGACAAACUCAUUAGGACCUUUGUCCAGUCACAGAACGCACAAGGUGCUGGGGUGGACGAUGCCGUGGGAGAGGUGUCCAUCCAUGUGGAGAUUUUCACUCACCCAAACACCGGAGAGCACAAGGUCACAGUGAAAGUGGUGGCUGCCAAUGACCUGAGGUGGCAGACACAGGGAAUAUUCCGGCCAUUUGUGGAGGUCUACAUCAUCGGCCCUCACCUCAGCGACAAGAAGAGAAAGUACGCCACCAAGUCGAAGAACAACAGCUGGGCUCCAAAAUACAAUGAAACCUUUACUUUCACCCUGAGUAACGAGGUGGGCCCUGAAUGCUAUGAGCUGCAGGUGUGUGUGAAGGACUACUGUUUCGCGCGGGAGGACCGCACUGUGGGUAUGGCCGUCCUGCAGCUGAAGGACAUGGCCUCCAAAGGCAGCGUCGCCUGCUGGCUGCCGCUGGGUAAACGCAUCCACAUGGACGAGACGGGCCUCACCGUCCUGCGAAUCCUCUCCCAACGCAACAACGACGACGUGGCUAAAGAGUUCGUCAAGCUCAAGUCUGACCAGCGCUCUGCAGAGGAGGGCCGCAGCUAAGAGACAUGACAGAAUUGAAAACGAUCCGUCUGAGGCUCGAUCAGACAUCGCCACCUACUGCCCUGGCUCUGCUGAGCCACUGCUAGCCACUGCCCUGAUGAUCCAGUGUUGUAAAAGCACAGAUACGACAACAGUCACCACACAUCCAGUGCUGUAAAUACAUUCAUUUCAGUGGGAAAAGACAUAGUGCUAAACAAGUCAUCACUAAUUGUAUUCAAAAAGCACCAAUGUCUUUAUUGUUGCAGAAAUGAUCAGCCAUCCUUUUGAUGAACAAUGCAUAGAGUUUAAUUAUAGAGCAUAUAUCCUCUGUCCGUAGAGGUGAGUCAUACCAUUCCACUCCACAUACAAACACACACACACACACACACACACACACACACACACACACCUCGGUUGACUGGUUAAGGUGAAAGAAAUACCUUGUAGCCUUUUAAUAUUUUCCAUUUCUUUUCUCAGCCUCUUACCCCUCAUGCUUUCCAGUUCCUCUCGCCCCUUCUCUGUCUGUGCACCCGCACAGGGAAGGGACCGCAAGUGCCGACACAUAAUCUCUGAAAUAUGCCAAGACCAGCCAUGAGCACAACAGGACCAAUUGUCCAACUGACCUAUUAACAACAACAAAACGGCUAUACGGCCUCAAACAUUCCAGGUUUCGGGUAGGGACAUGGCAUAUUGGGAACAAAGCACUAUUUAGUUAUGAUAGUAUUAAUAUUUAUUUACUGCUUUCUGCCAAAUUAUAUUUAUAUUUAAAUCAUUCUAUAUAUAUAUCAUAAUCUAUAAUAUAUGAAGGACAUAUGCAGGAUUAUUCAAUGGACGUGUGGUACUUGAAAGAUUGCCUUUGUCUGUCUUUAUGUCCGUCUACCCUGUAACAGAGCACACUGCCUGACACCCUCAAUGCCUUCUGUCUUGUUGACCCUCGUACAGUGUGUCUGUCUCCUAUACAGCGACUGUAUAAAGAGAUUAAUCUGAUGAAAACACGCCUUCAAGCACUGUGAUUCAUCAGACUAUAUGUGUGUGUGAGAAUGAUCGUGUCCAAGUGUGAACGUUUGAGCAUGUGUGAGUGUUUUGUAAGAUGUUCUCAUGUUGACCUCAUGUAGCCGCCCGUGUUGCCUGUUACCUGCAAAUGUAAUCACAGGAAGCCAUCACAAGCAAAGAGCAUCACAGGUGUUCAUAUUUUUUACUUUAAAGAGGAUGCGUCUUCCAUCUUAUGAUGGAUAUUUCUGUCUUUUUUGUCUUACUGUAAACAUUCCGCAGCUAGACAGCCCAAUAAUCGAUGUGCAAGAGGUGCAUGAUAAAAGGAUGAACACUUGACUGCCACCUCCUCUUCCUAAAAAACAACAACAUGCCAAAUCAAAACCUGCAUGUAAGAGGAUGAUAAAAACUUGUCCUCAAGAUCCUAUUUUGCAAAAGCAACAUCGUCUGAGGUAAUAUAUCUACGUGGGUUACAAUAACACACACCCUGCACCUCAGGGAGAGCACAAAUCACUAAUGAUCUACCACCCGUGAUCCCUAAUGAUCCGGUUGCAGAUGCAGUAACCCUGAUCCCUGGUAGCGAGAAGUCAGACCGCUACAAAAGGGAUGCAGAUCAAGACCACACCAGGUCUGGCGCUGACGUUUAAAAGAGGACCUACAGUUUAGAGAUGUAGUGUGAAGAUUUAGAAGCACAGGGUCUUUAAUGCACCAAUAAUUGCACAUUUAUACUCUGAUCUGAUCUAAUCUGAAUUACACACCAAGAUGUCAAAUCAUCAUACUUACAUUUAUUUCUUUAAUCUAGAGUCAAUUUCAUAUGAAAAAAAAUGUUCUGAAUAGUCUAUUGACUGCCCAGCAUGUCUCCUAAUUCAAUUUUUAUUUUCAUGAAUGCCCAUUUUGUUAAAAAGAUUAAGCGGUUCUAUAAUAUGUGUGUAUGUAACAAAAAAGGCAUCCAGGGCGAGGAAAUGUCCAAGUUCAAUAAUGACAGGAUGUUCUGUUUUUUCUAUUUCUGCCUCUUUUUUAAGUUGCCUCUGCUGAAGGCCUCUACCAGACUACCGCUUGAUCGUACAUUACAAAUUGAACCGACCCCCUCUUAUGAAUAAGGUGUAAGAACUGAACUCUAUGCAUCUAAUCUAUAAAAAUAUUCGUAGAUGAGUCAUUUUUGAAGCAGUCUUAUAAUGUUUACAUUGUGGAUUAUUUUUCUUAUUAUAUCAGCACAAGUGUUUGUCUGAUAUGUUGUAAAAUGCUAUCUCUAUUAUAAAGGGCCAAACACCCCAGCUGUAGUAGAGCUGAUUAGCGAUUGAAAGUUGUUUGUACAGCUUUUCAUCAAUCUGGACAAUAAUCUGGAGGGGAAAGCUCGAUUGUUGUUUGGUUUGGGCAUUGUAAAUAGCUCGGAUGUAACAAACACAUGUCAGACUAUGUGAAGUGAAGUUUGCUGCUCUUUUGUAGACUUGAAUUUUUAGCUCUGGGAGAUUGGGCAGUUGGGUAUUAUGUGUGUGUGGAUGCCCAAUCUGGAUAUGUAGCUAUUAUUGAAAUAUAUGGGAAGGCCGUGUACACACUGGAGAUGAAUAACGAGCAAUUUGCACAAAUCUAAUCAUUUAAUGGGCUUGAGAGCCAAUUCAUUUUACACUGACAUUAUAUACCAUUAUAUAGACUAUACAAAGGAAACCCAUUAACUAAACAAAAUUGAAACAUGUGUCACUCUUUGGUGUGUACAAGGUCUGUUAUUCAAGGAGACAUCUGCACAGACUUUUAAUAACUUUGAAUAAAAGGUUCACAACUGUCACAUAGCUGGAAAUGCCACGAAAACAAAUCUUUAUUUAUUGCUGUUGACAAUGAUACUUUAGUAAUUCCUCCUCCUUCAGAGGCUCAGUUUGCGUGUUGGGGUAUCGGACUGGCAUGCAGAACAGGGAUGCACACAGAAGUGAAGGACAAGGAUAAAUGUAGAAGCACAAUGAAAGCACACAGACACAAAGCGGGCAGACAUGCAUGAUCUGUUCUGUCGAGCUGACCCGGCCACGCAGACAGACAGCUGCGCAGCGACGCCGGUCCUGUACUUCCAGGAAAUGGUGCAUGAUAGGAACAAUAAAACAAAAAGAAAAAAUGUAUUGUGCCAGCACGCAUAAUUAUUUGAUGUUAAUUGCCAAUUGUUGUCUCCUUUAUUUUGAUAUUCUAUUAUUGUUUUCUAUUUUUCAAAUGUUUGUGAAUAUAUAAAUAUGUAUUACUGAUGAUGUGUAGUGGUACAAAGUACUCGCAUGAGAAUUUUUUUAUACAUGAGAUGUUUCUAAUUUUUGGGUUUUUUUUAUUCUGGUUAUUGGGGGUUGAGGUUACUCGGACUGCAGUCUCGUUGUGUUUCUGCUUCCAA